AGCAUUCAAGUUUCCAAGACGAGCGCGUCAACGUGGAUAGCAGAUUCCUUCAUCGGGAAUGCAUCCAUGGAGUGAAUUCGUUCUCACUGUGGCAUUGGCUGGCGGAGUGGCGUGUGCCACAGGUUUGAAUUGUCCGGCCACGUGCACAGCGACAGUUGACGGCUCAUCUUGGCCAUGCAGAUACCAUAGUAACGAGUGCAAAGUGAAUGCUACCCUGAAUCCUUCACGAAUUGAUGUGGUCGAUCUCAAUGUGGCAGUCAUCAACCCAUACUCGGGAGGACUGGGGGAACUUAUGACUAUGGUUGAGCCUUCUGUUGCCCAGGCCAUCCAGGAUAUUGAAAAUAGCGCCUUUUUGCCUGGCUAUAGACUUAACGCAUACGUCUCAGAUUCCAAGUGCACAGCUCCUGAUGCAAUUUCAGCAUCUCUGGUUGCUAUGACCACGGCUCCGAAGAAGCAUGUGGUAUUGAGCGAUUCCUGCAGUGCAGCUUGCGAAGCCGUCAAUGACGCCAUUCGACAGUUUAAUGUGCUGCAGGUAGGUCCCGGCUGUGUGUCGGUGAGCUUGAGCGACCGAGAUCGCUAUCCAUAUUUCACACGGAUGGCACCUUCCUUGCGAUUCAACGUGAUUACUCUCUAUGAGCUCUUCAAGUUUCUGGGUGUCCAUCGAGUCGGCAUCAUCUAUGGAUACAGGAACAUCAACAAUCUAGUGAAAGACUUGUUCCUGGAGAUGAUGGCAGUGGACAAUGCUGCUGGAACCUACUCAUGGACUCCCCUGUAUACACAGCGUGUUGAGUCUAUUGAAGAUGCAGAAUCCGCAGCGCAGAUGGCGCGCAGCAAAGAUGCAAGGAUAAACUUCAUGGCCCUGUAUGAGCUGGAAGGUUCCAUGGUACUGUGUCAAGCCUACAAGAAGAAUAUGCUCACUCCAGAAUUCAAUUGGUUUGUUGCGACAGGAUGGUGGAAUGAAAAUUUCAUUUUGCUAGCGGCAAACACUGCAGAGAGCCCAUGUACUGAGAGCGAACUACAUCGAGCAUCCUUUGGUCUAAUUGGAGUUGACCGUGGACCAAUGCUCAACACAAAUGUGGUGCACUCGCUGUCGGGAAGAACACUAUCUGACCUGUACCACGACUACACCGUGGGUUGUGAGGGCUUCGGAAAUGGAAAGGGUGUUUGCAGUCACCAGUGGGCUGGUUAUUUUUACGAUGGUAUGUGGCUCAUCGCGCAAGUCUUGCACAACUAUUUGAUCGACCAGAACAGGUCUUUUGAUUCUUUGGGUUCCAGCUUCUCCUUGGACGCGCUCUACGAGCUGGCAUUGCACGUGGAUUUCCAGGGGCAAACGGGGCGCGUGCGUUUAUUCAACUCCGUGGAGCCCAAGACGAGUCCUCCGUCCCACGGAGAUCGCGAUGGCAUUGUGCUGCUGCGCCAGGUGACAGGUGCGCCAGCAGAGGCCUUUGUCCAGUUGGCCUUCCGGACUGAGGAGGGAUUGGACUUCAAGAGGAACAUUCAGUGGAGCUCUACUGAGAUGACUCCUUGCAGCGGUGCCACCUGCGACUUCGGCACAUAUCGGCCAAAGGACCGGAGCAGUUCAUGCCCAGCAGGUGAAGUUUGGUCCAUGGAGGAUGGCUGCAGUGGUUGUCCGGCGGGACAUUUCGCUUCACUUGGCAUGGCGGAGUGUCAAACCUGUUCUCCGGGCACGUUCACAGCAACCAGCGGUGAGGUCGAAUGCUCCGUUUGUCUUCCGGGCACCUUUGCCCCUCUCGAGAAAUCUUCAAGCUGCCUACAGUGCGCUGAAGGCAGCUAUGCUGACCAGAUGCAAGCCACAGAGUGCCGCAAAUGUCCCAGAGGCACUUAUGCGCCAACGAAGGGCUUGUCGCAAUGCAUUCCUUGUCCCGAAGACCGUGAGACCACCUUCGAGGGGGCCUCCGCUGAAGCGAUGUGUGUUUGCAACUUUGGUCAACGCUUGGAGGGCGGUGCUUGCAUCCCAUGCCUAGCGACGGAGAUUUGUCAGGGUGGCCUGGUUGUGGGCCACAGGCCAUCGAUGGAGGCUUGGAAGUCAACGUUAGAUGCAGCAAAAAGCCAGGAAGCUUUGAGCGAAAAGAUUGGAAAGGACUUUUUCUCCUUUGCCUUGGGCCUUUCCAGCAAGUCCAAGCUGGAGCUCACAGUUGGAACAUAUGAGGAUGUCCUGACCGCGCUCAUCAACGGAGAUCAGAAGCAAAACAUCAUUGCGGCGCCUAAUGAGGAUGUGGCGCAAAAACUGGCAGCAUCAAAGAAGAUUUGGACUUUGAUUGCAUCCCUCAUGGAGAGAAUGGAUCCACAUGCAGUGGAUUUGUCGUUAAUUGAAGACGUUGCAGAGCAGACAACUGUGCUGAGGACGGCCUCAGAGCAAGUCGCGGAAGCUUUGGCCACGGCUGCGUCGGCAGCCGGUGCCCAGCCACAUGGAAUGCUGGUGGAUCUCGCAAGUCGCCAGUGCACCUUGAGCCAAGAAAUCUGCAAGAGUGCAUUGCUUCUUGCACUGGAGGCUUCGGCUUCAGAUGCUUCAGUGACCACGGUGAAAUCAAAGAUGUGGUCCGCCACAACGCUUUUCGCAGAGGCACAGCACAUUCUCUUUUUUGGCAUCCCUGCCCUUGGGAUUCCUGAACUUCGAGAGCUUUGCGCUAUGCAUCUGAUGCGGGAAGUGGAUUACAAUUAUCAUCAUGUGGAACACCAUGUGAGGGAAUUCUACAUCGCCUCAUCCAUUGAAGAGACCACAGCGCUUGCCGCUGAAGCAGCUUCUGAGAUUUCGAGCGAUUGCGACGAAUUUUACGACUCCACGAUGAAAGCUGCCAAGAGUUACUCCAACGAUACCCGCGACUGUCACCCGCUUCGUGACAUGACAGACCGCGAGUGGUUGGCCCUGACACACGGUAUUGGCAGAGCCAGAUGCGGUCUUGCUGAAGCUACACGGCACUACAUGCAGAUUGCCAAUAACAUCUCCGUGCAGUCCAGCAAAGUGCAGGUGUCUGUGCUUGUGGCUUUGGAGCAACAAAUCUUCAAUAACUUGGUGCACGGCCAGAAGGCCGAGAACAUGCCCGCACCUCCAACGCAGCAGAUUCUUGAGAGGUUUAUAUCGGCGGCGCGUGUAUGGUCCAUCUUUGCACAGGGCUUGGAGGAAGCCGUUCACGAAGAUUAUCUUGAUAAGGCGAGUAUUCAGGCACAGCUGACCUUAACCAGUUCUAUGGUGGAUGAUUUGACAGAGGCAAUGGCGCUGCAACUUCAGGCUAGCGAAACUGCUGGAAUGAACGUUCAACUUGCGAUCAUGGAUCUCACACACAGGCAAAAGCUGGCGUUUCAUGAACUCCCAAUACAGGCCUACGAGGCCCUCUGGAAGCAAAACAGCUUGGAGGAGGAGCUCAAUGCCACUGCCAGGGCGUUCCGCGUGCUUCACAAGCAACUGCUCAUGGGCGCUCCAAAUACAACGGAUCAGAUCGCCCUGAAGCAAGUCACAAAUCUUUGCAUCAUCCGCGACAUGGCCAAAGUCAAGAUGUUCUAUCAUGAACUGGAAGUUGCAUCUUUGCGAGUAUGCCGUGGUGAUACAGAAGCAGCUAGCACCAUUGAUGACAUCAGCCGAGCAGGCAUUGCAGCAAUGAGUGAAGCUGCGAAGGCCUUGCAGAAGUACUAUGUGGAACCAGGUCAGGUGGAGAUGGAGAUGAUGAGCGGUGCAGCUGGUCCAAGUGGCAUUUGUGAAAAUGUCACCUUUACCAGUCACACUUUGUGGGAAGAUCUCUUGUUGGAACUCGUCCGAUUGGCCCAUCAUACGUUCGAAGCCUCCAUUGCAUACAGCAAAUUCACUCGAGUGGCUCUAUCGACUUUCGGGACUGUGGCGAGUGGCGACCUGAGAGCUUCGAUGGCCGAGUUGGGCUCUGUGGUGGACGACGUGGGUCUGUCCAUGGAGCGUUUGGUGAUGGGAUCGCCAAGUCCUCACGUACCCGUACAGCCAACACAGGUGUAUUUUGAUCAUCUCAUUAACGAGCUGCAGCCAUCAGUCUUGGCCUUUCAAGAUGCUAUGAUGACACAGGAUUCAGCUGCAGUGCAAACAACUGAAGACCAGGUAUAUGCUCAGACGAAGCAGCUCUUUUCGGCAUACUGUCAGGAGGCGAAUAAAGAUGCCCUAGCCAGAUUCACCAUUUGAAUCGCGGAAGUGGUCAAUGCUUCGUUUUCUCCAUUGAAGCACGUUGGUCUGCAAGGCCAACGGGUAAAGACACCCUAUGCCAACGGCAUACUUAGGCUCGAGAUAUGGAGGUCCCGGCCAGGCACACGGCAAUCGCCAAGCAUCGCUAGCAGAGAUGAUGUAUAGUAUCUGCAAGUGCAGAUGCAAGGUUGCAGGGGAUGGCAGUCGGCGUGUAUAGUACCUGAUGCCGGGUUGGCGCAGUACUUUGCCAAGCAGGCGCAUGAGAAGAUUAUGCAUCGACGCUUCCGCGCCCAGAUCCAUAGAGGUGAGCGGGUCCUGUCAGUUGUAGCGAUGAAGCCACGGACAUUCUUGUGCCAUUGAAGUUGUGGCUGCUGCUCAUUCUUGUGCCAUUGAAGUUGUGGCUGCUGCUCGCACGGCUGGAUUCCUGUUCGCGAUCAGCGCCCGGCUGUCAGGCGUAACUCUUUAAAUCGAUUGAAUAUUAAUGCGGCGAUACAUUCAAUUGGGUAAUAUCGUGAUGGAG